AUGGAUCGCAUCAAUCGUAUGCUACAGGCCGCUCAAGGCCUCGGAAUGGGAGGGGGUGCUCCUGGUGGAGAUACUCCCAAUCUCAUCGAUAAUUCCGAAACCGUGCAUAUCUCAUCCCUCGCCCUGCUGAAAAUGUUACGACAUGGUCGUGCUGGUGUGCCUAUGGAGGUCAUGGGUCUCAUGCUUGGUGAAUUCGUUGAUGAGUAUACUGUCCGGGUGGUAGAUGUUUUCGCCAUGCCACAAAGUGGCACCGGUGUCAGUGUUGAGGCGGUGGAUCCUGUGUUCCAGACGAAGAUGAUGGAGAUGUUGAAACAAACUGGACGACCGGAGACUGUUGUCGGCUGGUAUCACUCUCACCCCGGUUUUGGGUGCUGGCUUUCCUCCGUCGAUAUCAACACGCAGCAGUCAUUCGAGCAACUUACUCCUCGCGCUGUUGCCGUUGUCGUUGAUCCCAUUCAAUCUGUGAAGGGCAAGGUCGUCAUCGAUGCUUUCCGUCUUAUUCAACCACAGACCGUUGUGAUGGGUCAGGAGCCUCGUCAAACGACGUCAAACUUAGGCCACUUGAACAAGCCCUCCAUUCAGGCUUUGAUUCAUGGGUUGAACCGCCACUACUACAGCAUUGCCAUCAAUUACCGGAAGACAGGUUUGGAAGAGAACAUGCUGAUGAACCUCCACAAGCACGUAUGGACCGAGGCUUUGCAAAUGAAAGACUUCCACGAGGAGGGUGAACACAACGUGGAGCAGAUGAAGCAGCUCGUGAGCCUUGCCGAAGGCUACGAGAAGCGGGUGAAGGAGGAGACCGAGCUCACAAAGGAGCAGUUGAAGACAAGAUAUGUCGGCAAGGUCGAUCCCAAAAAGCAUAUCGAAGAUGUCAGCCAGAAGCUGAUUGAAGACAACAUUGUGGCCGUGUCGAGGCAGAUGAUUGACAAGGAGGCAUCAGUCGCUCGGCAAUCAGCGAGCAAGGACACCGGCAAUGGCACCUCCAUGGACCUGGACGAGGAACUCUAA